UUUCAGUCGCCCAGACUUGUUUGGCAUCUCAACUCAAUCACAACAACAGCAAACGCUACAACGAUAGUAAAAUGGGAAAUUUUUCAUUGGCUUUUGCGGUUUUAAUGCUGAGCACAUUGGCAAUCUCGCAGGCGGCUGUCUACAUUGGUGGCGGAUGUUAUGACUGUAAUCCACCCGGUGGUCAAGCGCCUGGCGUUUACUCAGCCAACGGCGGAGGCGGUGGCAGAGGAGGUGGUGGUAACGGUGGCGGACGUCCGGUUUACUCUGGCAACUUUGGACCAAAUGGCUACAAUGGAGGUGGCGGCGGUCGCGGUGGUGGCGGUGGCUUUGGAGGCGGUGGCAAUGGCGGUGGCUACGGAGGUGGCGGCGGUGGUGGCUACGAUGAUGGCGGUCUGACGCAAAUCAUAAGCGGUUAAGCGGCCAUUAAACAAUAAUGCAACAGACAUGAUUAUCAGGUCGCAUUCGGUCUGCAUUGCAAUAGAUUGCGUAUACGCCGUGUUGUGCUCGAACUUUUACAAUUAAAACAGAAAACAGCAAAAAUUUAUAAAAUGGCUUCCGUGACGUUCAUCGCUCAUCAGCAAAAAGAAUAAAAUACUGGCAAAGUUUGUUGAAUAAACAAAUAAACUAAACUGACUGUGUGAUGCCACACAGAAGCAGCUAUAGCUAUAGCUAUACAUACGUACAUAAUUGUGGUUUCCAUAGUAAUCGUGCAGCUAUAAAAUAAUUUUAACUCAUUUUCAUUGCUUUUGUGUGUGCGCGAUUUAUGUAAGCAGCAGACGGGAAUUUCUACAUAUACCAUAAUAUAUUGUGUUUGCCAUAAUUCGCAGAAUGCAACCUUACAAUUGCGCAGUGUAAAUUAUGUAAAUUAUUCGUAGGCGUAAAAUAAGCGAAUAAUACGUCAAAAUGAGUGGCGUUAAUUAAUAGCAUUAAUUUGGCUUUCAUUAGCUUAGUUCACCUGUUAGAAACCGAAGAGAAACUUUAAGCACUCUAUUAUUUUUUACAUUAUAACAAUUAAAACUGUUCUUUGCUUCGAAGAAUAAAAAAAA